GGAGAGGCAGACUUCUGAGGAAGUCAUGCAAACAUGAGGGAGCAGCAGAGCGAGCUGCGUCUGUUUGACCAGCUGAUCGUUCGUGCCAGUGAGAGGAGGGAAGACGAGGAGGGGAGGAGUGACCGCUGAUACGCCACUAAUCUGCAUCGGCGAGCAAAAUCUGACGACAGAAACAGCAGCUGCAAGACACCUUUUCCCUGCACAGGAUGGGAAGACGGGGGACGAAGUGACAACGUUCAGAGGGGACGAAGCAUAAACCACAUAUUUUUAGAAGCCUCCCUUGUUUGAAAGAGGAAGAAAGACUUAAUAGGAAGAGGAACCUGUUUUUAUUUUUUUAGUUCUUUCCUCAAAACCUCGUGCGGCAAUGUCCUGGCUGUCUCCGGUCCAGUGGGCCAAAUGGACAUGGUCAGCGGUGACGGGGGGCUCGGGAGAUGACGGGCGCAGUAACGACAAUUCCGACUCAGAGGGGACCUUCGAGACGCCAGAGGCGGAGUCUCCAGGUGUUGUGAAAAUGCUGAGUCAGCUGGACAACUCCUCAGGCGCAGACCAAUUUGUCCACAAGAAUUCCAACCAGGAUGAAGUUGACGCCCUCAACAACCUGACUGGCUCAUCCGACAACAGCAGCAGCUUCGGUCUUAACCAGAACCUCAAUCUGACUCUAACACCCAAGGCCUCAUCGCAGUCAAACGCUGCAUCUCAACCACAACGACCUCCGUCUCUGCCAGUCCACUCCCCGCUAAGCACACCGGAUCCUUCAGAGGUGGACGAUGAGGCGCCCGCGAUCUGCAACCCGAGCCCAGACUCGAACCUCUUAUCCAGCCAUGACCUCGCCGUGCAUCACGACUUGCUAAACGGCAACGUGAACUCUGAUUGUGCAAAAGCGGCCUGCUACCCGGAGGGAAGUGUGGUCAGCAACAGCAUUAUCACUAACUCGUGUAAAGUAAAGCCGGAGCGGCCGACGCAGAAGGACCUCAGCGGUCAGGAUGAGGGCCACGCUACUGAUGAGGAGAAGUUGGCCAGCAGCUCGUGUGUCAAAGCAGACAAGGACCAAAGCAUCCAAGUCUGCCAUGUGACUUCCACACCAGAAGAGCCAGACAUCUCCGCACUGCACAAUGAAGAUCCGAGUAAGUGGAAGAAGAAAUCGGAAGGAAGUGCCAUGCAGAAAACGGGAAGCAAGGUCCUGGACUCCAUCUGCAUCAAUGAGGAGGAGAAAAAGGCCGUUCUAACGCUAAUCAGAGAGGAGAUCAUCACUAAAGAGGCGGAAGUGAACGACUGGAAGAGGAAGUGUGACGACGGCAGACAGGAACUUAAUGAGAUGAGGAAGAUUGUCUCAGAAUAUGAGAAGACAAUUUCUCAGAUGAUUGAGGACGAGCAGAGAAACAGCCUGAGCUCCCAGAAGGCUUUGCAUGCCGUAACCAUGGAGAAGGAGGCCGCCCUGACAGACCUCAACUCAGUGGAACGCUCAUUGUCUGACAUUUUUCGGCGCUAUGAAAACAUGAAGAAAACCCUGGAAGGCUUUAAGAAAAAUGAAGAGGUCCUGAAGAAAUGUGCUCAGGAAUAUCUGGCCAGAGUCAAGCAGGAGGAACAGAGAUACCAGACACUCAAAGUCCAUGCAGAGGAAAAGCUCGACAAGGCCAACGAGGAGAUUGCUCAGGUGCGCACAAAGGCGAGCUCCGAGAGCUUGGCGCUGACCGCCAGCCUGAGGAAGGAGCAAAUGAAGAACGAGUCUCUGGAACAAGCCCUGCAGCAGAAGAAUCAAGAGAUUGAGGAGCUCACUAAGAUCUGUGACGAGCUCAUCGCCAAAAUGGGAAAAGUAGAUUGAGAAGAGCUCCCGUGACUUCCCACGCAUGCCUCCAACCGCUGAGAUGCCGAAAGUCCUCCCCUGUGCCAGCUGGCACCUGAAGCUGCCUCUACACAGGUGUCCCCUUCUGCUUCCUGUUCUGAGAUUUUGCUAAUUGGGACUUUUUGCAAGUAGUCAUCUGUUUUGAUUGCAUUUUGUGGACCCCUCGUGCUUUCGGCCGCCCUGCCAGUGGACAACAACAACAACAAUGAUGUGCUUGUGGCUCAGCUGAAAUUCCCAGUAGCUUAAACGGCGGAAUUGUCAUGCAACUCCUCCAGCAGUGUGACAUCAAAUUGAAGGGAGAACGAGGUCGCUUUUGACUCAUUGUCAGAAGUACGCUCAGAGAAGCUUACACGAGGGUUGUUUUAUGUUAACCAACAAUCUGAAUAAUAUAUUCUUCUGACCGACUCUCGAGAGGCAUGGUAUGGGAGCAAAAGUCGUCAAAGCUGCACAACAACAAGCGAGAGCGGUUAAAGGUGGUUCAGGAGGACAAUAGCGUCUGAAUGGCUUCGGAACGCUUCCCACUGCUUCGCAUCUCCCACAACUUCACUACAGCGUUGCGAUUGCACAUCAUUUUAUCAGAGAAAUAAAAACACGAGACAAUCAGUGAGUCCACUGUGAACCGUGAACCCCUAUUAAGACUGACAUUAUGUUUUCCUAUUUGACACCGCAGCCUUGGCCAGACACGGAACUCCAUAGAGAGACCGAAAAAUCCUAAUUUGGAUCAGCACCAAAUUUACACCCUCAGAGAUAUCUACCAAUAUACCUUAAAGUUGUCGGUGGAAUGAAGGCAACAAGAUCGAUCAAGCAAUAUUUAUAGUGAAAAACUACAACAGCACUGAGUUGGGCAAAGACCUACACCAGGGUUUAACCAAAAGUUCCAUUGGGACUGAAAAUAAAUGAAAAUAUUCUUCAAUUCCUUCAAUAACGUUGUGGCAAAAACAAUUGUGGCGUGCUGACUUUUUUUUGUUGUGGUUACGUUACAUUAGUAAGCAGGCUACUUCUGGGCUAAUGCAAACUGUCUGUGAACAUUUUAGUGGGUUUACCUGUCUCCGUUCUGUAUGCUUUACACUAUGUUUACAACUGCACUCUCACAACCAUAUUAUAUUUGAGCUGUUUUUCUAUCUUCUCAGACUCACUUGUUGUUGUUGUUUUUUUUUUUUUUAAAGCCUUUUUAAUGAAUGUGAAUGCAGAAGAUCUACAAAGAGCGCCUAACAUGAAAUGAGAGUAUAUUUGUUCAAAUAAAAAGACUAACCAGA